AUGGCGUCACGUGGACGAGGGGCAGCAGGGAAACGUGGGAUUUUGCCGAACCUUUCCCUGGCGGGGAAACGGGAGGGUAAAGGAGUUGCACCGUCACAACCAAAGAAGAAGAGGAGCGAUCGAAAUGAUUAUCGUGGUGGGCGAGGUCGUGGUCGAGGAGGACAUGCCGGAAAAGAGCGACUUGGCCUUAUAGAGUCUUCCGGUAUUUUCUCGGAAGGUUUGAGCGGUGCUGACCCCAGUCGUCGUAAGGUGAAAGUUGAAGGCGGCGAGGCUUACGUUGGUACAGUUCCUCGGAUAAAGGAAGAAGUAACGUCUGCAGGCGAGAAGGCUGGUAACUAUCAAACUGGAUACGACGAAAUCUGGGAAAGUGAUGAAGAGGGCGAUAUGAGGGAGCUUAGUGAACUUUUGAGGGAUGGGUUUAUUUCUGACUAUAAGCAUGGAACUAUUCUGCCGCAUGUUCUCCCUCUCGAGCUGCAACCUCAAUUUGUGGAUUUGAUGCAUAAGAGUGUACAACAGGAAAUUAUCGACGAAGAGGAAGAAGUGAAGGCAGAAAUUGAGCUGGAUAUCAAAGACCACAUCUUACUGGAUGAUGAUGUGGAUCAAGAAAUGGACGAUGGCGAAAGUCCCACUGGUAAGCGCAGCAGAAAAGCAGCUCGCAUAUUCAAGAACCUUGACAAAGAAACGCGUGAGAAUGAUCUUUUCAUGAUCCAGCUACCGAGCAUUCUUAAGAUCCUUAGCCAAGAGUGUCCAUCUGAUGACAAGAUUGUCUUUCCUUCUGAUCAACCAAACGGUGAUACAAAACCUAUCUUGCAAGGCAACGGCACUUCCACUUCUACUGAGAAGCCUACCGUAGAGCAGUUAAAACUUCCUGUAGGUCGUCGUGUCGGCAAAUUGGUAGUUACGAAAGGAGGUCGUGUCUAUCUUCGAGCAGGUGGGCAUUCCAUGGAUGUGGCUCAUACAGCAUCAGAAAAUCAACAUCAGGACGUUGUUAUGGUGGAAACGAGCUUGAGAGAUGGUCCUACUAUGUAUAACGGCGCUGGUCGCUUUACUAACAGUAUGACCAAUCGAGGGACGAACGCCAUUUAUUACAUGGGUCAAGUACGACAUCAUCUUACUGCAUCUCUCGACUGGAAGCAGCUGAGACCUAUUGGAAUGGAGAAAUCAAAAUCUGCGCCAUCCGAAGUCUUGCUGUCGCCCUCAAGACGUGCUAAACCAAUGGAGGUAGAGCGCAUGAAGAAGGAGUUGAACGAAUUACAACAGCAACGAACUGCAGACAUGGUCGCUGCACUGAAGAGUGUGUUCGCUGCUGCUUAG